CUUAUUGGAAGAAAAGAGAAAGGGAAGAAAAACUUGUUUGAGUGGGAGCCAGAGUUAUUAAAAUAAAUAAAUAAAUAAAUAAAUUUUGAUGAAAUAAAUAGAGAAAAUGUGGCAAUAUUGAAAAUCCAAGUGAAAGAAGAGAAAAAUAAUCAUAAAAUUGCAAUAAAUAAAGGUUAUAUAAUGAAAUGCCGAGUGUGUGUGAUGUGUUAAAAAAAUUGUGAAAUAAGUCACAACAAAUCUUUUAUGAUUCCGUUGUGAUUUUUUUUCCAGUUGUUUUGUUGUAUUAUUAUUCAAAUAUGUUUGUGAAAUUUUUUGAGAAAAGGGUAUCUAUUGGAGAAAUUUAUAGAAGAAUAAUAACUUAAUCACCCAUCGAAGGAUUAGCUGAGAUAUUUGAAUGGAAAAGUUUUUAAAAAAGAAAAAUAAUGUGACACAGUGAGAAAUUGUAAAUUUUUCACGUUAUAUUUCGUGUUAUUAAUAACUGUUUUGUGAUAAAGAAUGUGCCUGGUACAAUCAGCUUCUUUCUGUAUGUUUCAACAGAAAAUGAAACAGUGUGAGUGUGAUAAGGAUGAGAGAUAGAGGAGCAUACCCAGGAAAGAACCUAAAAGUGCUUUAUCAAUGAGUUAAUUGAGUGAAAAGUUGUACCAAAGUGAACACGUAAUUUCUCAUGCUUCCAAAUUUGAAAGGAAUAAGGGUGGAUUUUUACUCAAAAUUGAGUGUUUUAUUUGCAACGAAGGACCAGUUCUGCUGCAAGAGAGUAUCAGGGUGGAAAAUUCAAUGUGACAAGUGAGAAAAAAAUACUUUAAAAAAAAAUAAAAGAAUUUUAACGGUUAAUACAGGAAGGGAAAAUUAAACAAAGAAAAACACUGAAUGUGACACUCAGGAAUCAUUUCUUGGGGUUUUGUGGCUGUCUAGUGAAAAAUUAAUUGUGUAAUUGUUUAAAGAGGGAAGACUAUUGAUAAAAAAGGCCACAAGUACGUUUUUGGUGUGUGACACAAAGAAGUGUGACACACACCGAAAAAAUAAAUAAAUACAAAUAAAUAAAUAAAGGAAAGAAAAAUUACCAUAAAGUUGCAAACCAAAGUGAAGAGACAUUUUGUACCCAGCUCGUUCCAAAUUUAAAUGUUGCGAUCUCCAGCUCACAUAGUGGGUCACGGUCCAUCAGCAGGUGGAGGUGGAAUUGUGGGCAUUCAUUCACAUCCAUCGCCACAGACUCACGCAAGAACAUCACUUUUUGAUUCUUGCCACCGGAAAAUUCGUUUAAUCGGCAAUGGACCGGUAGCAUUUCUUGGUGGGCUUGUUGCAAAGGCCCGCCGCAAAGAGAGAGACGGUGACCAAAACGCAGGUGAUACUAAACUAUAUUUAGAAGAAAAUGUUCUCGAAAGAAAAUUACCGGAUGCCGAUUUGAAAGCAAUAGUGGAUUUACCGCCAGGCUUAGACUAUAAUGAAUGGUUAGCGUCACACACCCUGGCACUCUUUGAACACGUUAAUUUGGUGUACGGAACUAUAAGUGAAUUCUGUACGACAUCCGGAUGUCCAGAUAUGACUGGACCAGGAACAAGAAUGUACUUAUGGUUCGAUGAGAAGGGCAAAAAGACUCGUGUGGCGGCGCCACAGUAUGUCGACUAUGUAAUGACAUUCACCCAGAAGACAGUGAGCGAUGAAUCAAUUUUCCCCACCAAAUAUGCCAAUGAAUUUCCAAGCUCCUUCGAGAGUAUCGCAAGGAAGAUCCUCAGAUUACUUUUUCAUGUGAUUGCUCAUCUCUAUGCGGCACAUUUUCGUGAAAUUGCAUUGCUCGGCCUUCAUGCGCAUCUCAAUUUAACAUUUGCGCAUCUAACUGCAUUACAUAGACGCUUCAACUUAAUCGAAUCUAAAGAGACGGAAGUGCUGCGUGAUCUGGAAGUGGCACUUCGGCUGACAGAUGAUUGCCUUACACCACAGACCACACCGACAACAAUAAGCCUGGGUGCGGAUUCUAGUGCGUCGACGAUAGGCGCUGCCGAGGUGAGUCAGGCCGGGCAGGUGCUAGAGGAGCAUCAGGUGAUCGAUGGUGAUGCCACUGUGCGUCCAAUUGUCACGCAGCCCGAGUGCUGUUCGACCAAUUUUACGGGUUUCCAUUCACCCACAACGCACGUCAGUGGUGGCUCCAACAUUGGCCUAAAUGCAUCGCAAUCCACUUCGCAGCAGCAUACGCCGGCCUAGAUAAUCCCCAUGUCCUGUUUUGCUGCACAGCGCUGCGCCACCCGGCGGCAAAAGUGACAAACUUCUUCCCUUCCUACUACCCAUUUUCCUCUGAUUUUUGGUCACAAAAGUUCCUUUCCUAAAAUUCGCUCAAAAGAUCCUCUUCACUCCUUCACUCAUCUUUGAAUGCCGCCGCGGUUGGUACUUUUUGUGUUUGCACUUUAAGCCAAUGUUUUGACCAAUGUGAUGUAUCCUUUUUGUUAGUUUUUUUUUUUUUUAAUUAUUACACUUUGUGAAGAAAGCUGUUAAUUUAAAUAGGAAUACAAUGAAUGGCAGAUGAUGUACAGAAAUACUGAUAAUAUUUAAUCAGUGUCCCCUUUUCCAGGAAUAUAACCUGCUACCUUUUUAUUAUUUAUAUCUCUUCAAUUUAUCCCAAUUUAGCGAGUCAAUUAAUACGGGGCGCAAUGAAUGACAGAGCCGGUAAUAUUUAUUGGAACACUCAGGAAAUUUCAAAAAAUAAUGGUUCUUUGAGAAAUAAAGUAUUUACUUUGGAAAAAGUGAGGUUGAAUUUAUUUUCUAUUAAAAAAAAAUUAAAUAUCAAUUUUGGACUUUCAGAGCUGGUUUUUGGUACUGUAAAAGGUAACAAAGCAUUAAAAUUAUUUUAAAAAUAUUCUUUUCAUUGAUAAUAAAUUGAGAAUGCACCUAUUUUUUUAAAUUAAGCACUGACUUUUUUUUAAAUUUUAAAAUUGCAUUACAAAUUUAUAAAUUUAUAAACUAUAUGGACUGAAACUUCAAAGAUCGAAUCCCAUUUAAGGCCUCGAUGCACUGGGAACUAUUUUUGAAAAAAAAUGAUUUUUUAAAGAAAAUUUUAGCUAGGCGAAAACAUACGUAUAAUUUUUUUAAAGGCAAUUUUUGGCGAAAAUUGCUUCCAAUGUGUAGAGGCCAUUAGAUUGUCAGACGUUUUCCACAAUGAAACUAGAUUUUUCCCAAUCUAGAACACGACUACCGCCGACUUACCAAUAUCGGCCUUCACAAGAAAUUGAACUGAAAAGUUUACUUUAAAAAAUUCGAACUAUUUCAUUCUGUUACGAUUUUGGAAGCAUGAUAAAACCUUGUAGCCACUUGCAAUUACCCUCAAUUGACUCACGACCAAAGGGGCGGCACGAUGAGCUUCUAGGUACAUGAAAAACACCAGAAUUCCUCUAGUAGACUUUUAUUUAACCUCGCUAGCUUUUUCAGGACAAUCUGUCGCUCCGGUGAGCGUCUGAAUUUAUUGAUAAAAUCCUAUGAAUCAAACACACAAUUUCACCAGAGCUUUCGACACUUAUCGUGUCUUCCUCAGUGGUUCUUGGGUGGUCUUUUCUUUAGGAUUUUUGUCACUAAUUCCUCCACUUUGUUAUGCAUCAGUUUUAAAUUUGAUUAGGAGCUCACUAACAAUUUUCUUAUUUCUUUUCUACACAGCGAACAGACUGGAAGUACCAGUCCGUUCGCUGUGUAGAAAAGAAAGAAGAAAAUUGUCAGUGAGCUCCUAACCAAAUUCAAAAACUGAUGCAUGAGAAAGUAGAGGAAUUAAUGACAAAAGUCCUAAAGAAAAGAUCGCCCAAGAACCACUGAGGAAGACACGAUAAGUGUCGAAAGCUCUGGUAAAAUUGUGUGUUUGAUUCAUAGGAUUUGAUCAACAGAUUCCGACGCUCACCGGAAGGACAGAUUGUCCUGAAAAACUUAGCUCAAUUACAUCACCGUCGGCUAUCUCUUUAUACAAGAAUUUAUUUAACUUCGUUACUACAUUUGACUUUAAUUCCCGGAGCAGAAUAGGCCACUUUAGGAACCAGUGGUAAGGGGGUACUCCCCCACAAAAUUGUUCUCGGAGAAACCGGGGAAAAUCUCCAGAGUUUUGGCUUCCCAAACUUCAAACUUUAUCCAAAACUUUCUAAACGCGAGAGAGAAAUACUUGCAAUUGUAUAUGGGUUGCUUUCAAGAAUUAUACCUCAAAAUCGUGGGACCGAAAAAUCGUGCGAAAUCGCAUUACGCAUCGAGAAAAUUUGCAUACCUGGAGGGGCUUUCUUUUGAAUAAAUCGGCCGUAGAACGAAUUUCGCCCGGAAUAAAAGUAGUCAAAACAAAAAGAUUCAACUGUUUAACGAACAGUACUUUUUGGCCAGAGUUCUUCAUUUAAUGGUCAGAAUAUUUUUUAAAAAAAAUUAGCUUAAUAAAAGAAAUUAAAAUUUUAUUCUUAAAGAGAAGCAUACUGUUUUCAAAUUUCCCGCGUCACAGCAUAGUAUAGAUUCACGCGCAUUUCGAAAAUGAUUUCACAAAUUGACUCGCAAUGGUAGGCAAACUUGCAUAAUUAUAUGUGCAUAAUUCCGUUAAAUGCAUUAUCCCGAAGUGCAUGAGGCCGGGACUUAGUGUAUAGAGCGGCUACCCGUAUCGGGGGAUAAGAUAGAGCAGGAGUAGGGAAGCAUAAGGGGCCCAAUUGUGGCCUGGAUGCAUCGGUAAUCCGAAAUGGAGAACUGACUCCUACAAAAUCUUGUCCUUUAUCAUUUAUAUGAGGAACUCAGAGCAAAAAAAAAACACUAUUUUAAUAGGGAAAUGCAUACGACUUAGAGUUUUUUUUGCUCUGAGCGCCUCAUAUGUUGCUCACAUGAAUUAUAGCCUUAAGGCGAAAAAUCGUUUUCUUGUGGCAAAACGCUAAUAAAACCGCAGCUUUUUAGUUGAAAUAAAAUUAAAAAAUUUUUAGUAGAAAUAAAAUUAAACACAUGAUAAAUUUCCUGGAAAUUCCAAGUGUUCCAGUAAAUGCUACAGGCUCUGUAAUUCUGCGCAAAUCAACUUUAGCUUAAAGAAUGAAAAAAAAGUGAGAAGUGUGAUUUAUGAAAUGAUGAAUUAAUUUGCUCUUUCAAAUACUUUUGAUGUGUUUCCUCAAGACAAGUUUAGCAUGGCGAAGAGUCAACAAAAUUUUGGCCAAUGACGCCAUCCAAAACACUUUAAUCGAUGAGUUCAUGAUGAUGAUGCAAAAGGUUGAUGACACACAAUCAAGAUGAAGUAAUAAAUGAUUUCAUUAGAGAUUCUUAAUUACUUCUAACCCUUCUCCCAAAAAAAAACCUGUGUUAUAUCCUUAAAAUGCUGCAUUCAGUCAAUAUACAGCAUAAAAAUGUCCUAAUUGCUAAUUUUCCGAGAUGAGCCGUGUCAGUUGAAUGGAAAAAAGAAAAUGAUUUUGGGAAAUUUUCGGUGAAGAAUUCAGAAAAAAAAAUCAAAGUGGCCUUUGGAAUAUAUAUAUAAUUUUAUUAAAAGAAGGGGGUUUCAGAGUGACAAAUUGGGAUUUAGCAAAAGAACUAAACAAAAGGAAAAAUUAAUUGUCACAAAUUCCAGUUGCAUCUGACAGGCAUGUAAAGAAAAAGAAAAUCACAUUCAGUGUAGAAAUAAAGUUUGUGUUUCUGCAAAAAAAAAA